CUGGUUGAAUGAGUUGCCUAUGAAAGCUACUUCAUCUGUAAGAAAACAGGCGGCUGCACCAGUGACUGGGUCAGUGCUCUAAAAUGAGUCUCUCCGGGAAGAGAGAGGAGGGGGGCCCUGCCUCUAAAAUUCAUCUCUGUGAGGGACAUGACACCAAAGCUAAGAGCCCAAUCAAGCAGGAGAGACCAGCCUCCCCUGUUCCCAGCUGUGUCCAUGAAGAGUGACUGGUCUAUGGAACCUCCUAUAGAGUUUAGAGAGGGAGACUUUUCUACUGAACAAAGCCCAAUCAAGCAGGAGAGACCAGCCUCCCCUGUUCCCAGCUGUGUGUCCAUGAAGAGUGACUGGUCUAUGGAUCCUCCUAUAGAGUUUAGAGAGGGAGACUUUUCUACUGAACAAAGAAACCAACAGGAGAGAUCAGAGUCAGAGAUUCUCAGUGGUCAGUCUUCCCAGAGUCAUCAAACAGACCUGGCCUCCAUAUUCAGUAUGCUUGAAGAGAAAAUUAUGACAUUUGUGAAGAACGAGCUGAAGAUGUUCAAGAGGAUUCUUGGUCCAGAACUCCCAGAAGGCUUUGAGAGUCAGAAGCAGGAAGUGGUGGACGCUGAAGAUGAGAAGCAGGAGAGCAGUGCCAGAGAGGGGGCUCUGAAGAUCACACUGCACAUCCUGAGGAAAAUGAACCAGAUGGAGCUUGCUGACACACUGGAGAAAUAUGAGCUUGCUGUGAUUUGCCAACGUGAACUCAAAUCUAAUCUAAAGAAGAAGUUUCAAUGUAUAUUUGAGGGGAUCGCUAAACAAGGAAACCCAACACUUCUCAAUAAGAUCUACACAGAGCUCUACAUCACAGAGGGUGGAACAGGAGAGGUCAAUAAUGAACAUGAGCUGAGACAGAUUGAGACAACAACCAGGAAACAAGCAAGACCAGAGACUGCAAUCAAAUGUAACGACAUCUUCAAACCCUUAACUGGACAAGACAAACCUAUCAGAACUGUGCUGACAAAGGGAGUCGCUGGCAUUGGAAAAACAGUCUCUGUGCAGAAGUCCACAUCAUGUGCCACAUUCCAGUCUUCUGUUGGAUUUCUGCAACAGUCCUUGAACACAUGCUGAAA